AAAAAAUCUACAAUUAGAAGAAUAAUUGAAUAAACAUGUAUCGGAGAACUGGAAUUAUACAAACAUUUCUGAGAAGACAGAGUACGAAUGCAGCUACGUUACCAGCCAACAAGAAAUCUUUGAUACCUUUAAUAACAUGUAAGAAUACCGAAUUUAAUUUAAUGUACGAUGUCGACAACAAAAAAACGAACCUACCGCAUGUAUCAAAAAUUGUUCUCGCUUCUAAAGGAUGGCAACAUUACAAAGCUAAAGGAGAUCAUUUCAUUAUUCAUCCAAUAAAGGAUAUCAUCGAGACAAAUCUUAAAGAUUCGACAGAUUUCGAAAAUCUUAAUCUCAAUGAAACUCUACUGAAGAACUUACGCGAGAAGCAUGACAUUCGAAAGGCAACAAAGUUACAACAAGAAGCAAUAGCAGAAAUUAGAAAUAAAAACAAUGUUUUAAUUGCUGCAGAAACUGGAUGUGGAAAGACUCACGCUUAUUUACUUCCAAUUAUUGAACAAAUAAUCGAACAAAAGUCAAACGAAAAAGAAAGUCGUCAGUUUAACACUCCAUUAGUUCUUAUCUUGACUCCUGGCAGAGAACUUGCUGAACAAAUUGGAAAAUUCGCUAAAGAAUUAUCAACUGGUUUGAACUUAAAUGUGAAAAUUAUAAUAGGAGGAAACACGAAACAAAAAAUGUUCAAUCCUUCAUUUGAAGACAUUGACAUCUUAGUUGGCUCAAUUGGUGCCAUCAGUAAAUUAACAACAACAGGAAUAGUUCGAAUGAAUAAAGUUAAACAUGUUGUGCUAGACGAAGCUGACACUCUUCUUGAAGAUAGUUUCAACGAAAAACUUGUUUAUUUUCUAAGGAGGUUUUCAUUUCAUAUCGAUACUCAAAUGAUUCUUGCAUCAGCAACAAUGCCAACAAACACCGAUGAUGUUUUUCGUGAUGUUCUUGAUACCGAUAACAUGAAGAAAGUUGUCAGCAGCGAUUUACAUAAAAUUCUUCCAUACGUCACUCAAAAAUUCAUGAGAAUGAACAAAUCAGAUCGUCCCGAAAAUCUUUUAAGGAUCAUUAAAAGUGAAGUUUUAAAGAAACGACCAGUGAUUGUGUUCUCUAAUAAAUCCAACACAUGUGACUAUGUUUCAUUGUUUCUCAACAGCAAUGGCAUUGAAACGUUUAAUUUAAAUGGUGACAUGCUAAUGAAAAUCAGAACAGGAAGGUUUGAACAAUUUCAAAAUGGUGAAAUUAAUGUUUUAUCGACUACAGAUUGUAUCGGUCGAGGCUUGAACACAGUCAGAGCACGUCACAUAAUAAAUUUUGAUUUUCCACUUUACAUGUCCGAUUAUAUUCAUCGAUGUGGACGAAUAGGUCGAUUUGGAAGUAGCGUAAAUUGUCGCAUAACAAAUUUUAUUUCAAGUCUUCGUGAACUUGACUUAGUAAGAAAAAUUGAAAUGUCAGCGAGAACUAACACUGAACUUGAAAAUGUAAAUGCGAACAUUCGUCAAAUUAUCAACUCUAAAAUUGAAAGAGAAAUAAGUAAACUUGAGAGAAUGAGCUUAAAAGAAUUAAAAGAAUCUAAAAAUUAAAAUAAAUAUUAAUAUCAAGUUAGUAGAAAUGAG